GGUCGCGCCUCGGCAGUCCGGCGUCGAGCCUCAACCCUCUCUCUCUCUCUACCACCGUCCGGCGCUAGUGCUUCUCCCAGAUCCGGCCGCCGCGCGCCCGAAGAACCCCGCCCCCCUCCUCGACGGACGCCCGGCGAGAUGCCGCGCGACCGCGACGAGCCGGCGGCCGUGCGCGUCUACACGGUCUGCGACGAGUCCAAGUACCUCGUCGUCCGGAACGUGCCGGCCCUCGGAUGCGGCGACGAGCUCGGCUCCGUGUUCGCGGCGUACGGCCCGCUGGAAGAGUGCAAGCCCAUGGACGCCGAGGACUGCGAGGAGUACACCGACGUCUACUUCAUCAAGUUCGCGCAGGUCAGCAACGCGAGGUUUGCAAAGAGGAAGUUGGACGAGUCUGUAUUUCUUGGCAACCGGCUGCAGGUUUCAUAUGCACCUCAGUUUGAAAGUCUUCUGGAUACCAAGGAGAAACUGGAAGUCAGGAGAAAUGAAGUCCUCAGACGAAUAAGAUCACCUGCUGGAAGCAGACCUGAAGGGCUAUCACAGUAUUCACCGGGUCAGGGAUCAUCUAGUGGGAACCCACACCAUCAUAUGAACUCCAACAAGCGGGAGUACAUGAAGACAAUGCCCGCUACUCAUAUCGAAGAUGAUCGUUUCAGCCAUGUGCCCUCUAAUAAGGACUAUUUCCCGUCCGAGUCGAUGAAUGCGACUGUAAAUCUAGUGAGGCAGAAGCUUGACAAGAUACAGUCCGGCGGCGACGCUCCCGAUGCUGCUGCCGCCGCAUCCAAGAAACCACGGGCCGAUAACCGCAGGCGUAUUUGAACCAUUGGAUGACACAGGUGAGGAGUAACCGUGACCCAAUCGCUUGCUUGUUAUGUGCGUUAUAAACGCACCGUCUUUCUCAUGACAGGUCAACUCAACACACUGUGAUGUGAAUCCGAAGACUUUCGCCGUUUGAUAUUUUAUUUUAUUUUUUGCUACUCCGAUUUAUUUAUUUGGUUACUCUAGAAAAUAUGUUUGUAAGUAAGAGUGUAAGACAUGGUCUCUUCUAGAAGCGAUGUGGUAGUAGCAACUCUUUUUUUUUUGGA